AAGUCCCGCCCCGGAGACGGAAGUGCCUCGCCAUGGCGGCAUCUUGCAGGCCGUGGGUCUGCAGGUUGUUGUCCGUGCUGCGUUCCCCUCCUGCAUGCCGGACUUUGCAAAAUGGGGUACCACGGGAUGUGCUGCUCUUCCAGCAUGAACGGGGCCGCUUCUUUGCCAUCCUUGGACUGUUUUGCGCCGGUCAGGGCAUCUUCUGGACGUCCCUGGCUGUUGCAGCGUUGUCUCGACCUCUGAUCCGAGUUCCUCCAGAGGCUCCCAACCGGGGCUACACAGACCUGCGCUCCGCACUCUGGCGCUACGGGUUAGCUAUUGGUUGCGGCACGAUGGGAGCCUUGGUCCUUGGUGCUGGUCUUCUCUACUCUCUCCGAUCUGUGCGUUCAGUCAUGCUCCUCGCAGGAGGGCAGCAGGUGACGCUUACUACUUAUGCCCCUUUUGGCUUGGGAACACGUUUCACAGUCCCCUUGAACCAGGUUUCCUGCAUGGCCCACAGAGGUGAAGUUCCUGCCAUGUUGCCUCUGAAGAUCAAAGGCCGACGCUUCUACUUCCUUUUGGACAAAGCUGGACACUUCCCCAACACUCAACUCUUUGAUAACACUGUGGGUGCCUAUAGGAGCCUAUGAAAUGCGGCUUGCCCAUCUCGGAUGAGGAGACAACCCAGGGCAAGAAAAGGCACCCUGGAUUCACUCAUAGUCAAUAAAUCCAUCAUUCUGUCUUCUCUCUCA